AUGGCGCCAUCAACGCGUACCCCCGACCCCAUCGAGGAAACGAACUUGAAGAGCGAUGAACAGUUCAUUGACGAAAAUCUACGGCCGAGCGACGGCUGGGCAACAUGGACACAUCCCAGAUCUCAGGAGUCAUACUCCAUCCGUCUAUUACAAGCUGCCCAGAUGAGCGCGCAAGAUCUGAAGCUAUGUCUGUCGUUGAUAGAGGAGACGAGCAGGUCGCACUACGAGGCGUCGUCUCGCGGCUGGAAGCCCAGGGCGAAGCUGGCCGAGAUGAAGUCGCCCGAGAUGCGCUACGUCGUGGUCAAGGACUCUCAGGGCGAGAUACGCGGUUUCACCUCGCUCAUGCCAACGUAUGAGGAGGGCCAGCCCGUCGUGUAUUGCUACGAGAUCCACCUCAAGGACGAGAUGAGAGGCACUGGAUUGGGUGCUCAUCUCAUGGGAUUUCAGGAAAUGGUGGCCAAGCAUACGCCAGCCAUUGAGAAGGUCAUGUUGACCUGCUUCACUAAAAACAUUGUCGCCAUGAGAUUUUACCAGAAAUUGGGAUUCGAAGUAGAUCCGAUAUCGCCUGAGCCGAAGAGGUUGCGGUUCGGGAAGACGUCGGUGCCGGACUAUAUCAUCAUGAGUAAAAAGGUAGUUUAG